AUGUUUGAAAUAAUACUCAUACUAUUUCUUCUUAUUCAACAAUCAGCUGCACAAGAUAUGCGGUCAUUCUCGAUCUAUAUAAUAGCCAAUUCACAAUUUCAAUGUGUUAACACAACCUGCUCACCAUUCAACAUUUCUACUACAGAAAGUGCUCUCAAAUGUCGAAUGAAAUGUCUACAUCAGAUACAGUGUCAAGCAGCUAGUUUUCAGCAAUCGCUUUCUACAUGUCAAUUAUUUGCCAACAUACUCGAUCAGUAUACAAGUACAUUUGCUCAAUUAAAUACAAUAGCUAUGAUUGUCAAGCCUGGAACGCGAAUACCAUCCGAACCAACCACAACAUCAUCAUCAACAACCACAACAACAUCAUCCUCAUCAACAACAUCAACGACAACAACAACAUCAUCAUCAUCAUCAUCAUCAACAACAACAACAACAACAACAACAUCGACAACAACGCUACUAGGUUGUGAAAGUGUUGGUAAUACUUUGGUCACAUUUGAUGAUUUAGCAUCUGGCACAGUCAUACCUAAUAGUUAUAACAAUAUUAAUUGGAACAAUGCAUAUGCUUUCAUCAACUCUUAUGCCGUAAGUGGAUAUCCUACAGGUACUGUCAGUCAAAACUGUACAUCGUUGAAUGGUGGUGGCACGUCAAUGACGAUGACAUGCGUUGGUAGCACACUUUUUACUUUAUAUUCUGCAGCAUUUACUGCAGCAUGGAACGAUAAUUUACAAUUGAACGUUGUUGGAUAUCGAUCGGGUUCAAUUAUUGCGAAUAGUACUUAUAUACUUCAAGUGUUUUCACUAUCCAAUAUAGCAUUCACUGGAUUUUCGAAUUUAGACACAGCGAUAUUUUCAACAUCAGGUGGAACAUUGAAUCCAACUGUUUCUAGCAGUGGUUUACAUUAUUCAAUGGACAAUCUAUGCAUCAGUGUUGUAUGA